UCCUGAACGUGGAGCUAAAAUUAAAAAAAAAAUGAAGUUCGUUUAUACAUUGGUGGCUUGUCUAGUGCUGCUCAAAAAUGUGCAAUCACAGACUGAAACACGGGGAUCCGUUCGUAGACCUAACUGUAUAUGUACGUUGGAAUACGAUCCUGUUUGCGGAACUAAUGGACGGACAUAUUCCAACCCUUGUCAAGCACGCUGCGCAAAUGUAAGAGUUAGAUGCAACAGACGUUGUCCUUGCUCUGGUUCUGGCGGCGGUGAUUGUAUUUGUCCAAGAAACUAUGAUCCAGUUUGUGGAACUGACGGAAGAACUUACAAUAAUAGGUGUGAGGCCCGCUGCAGAAAUGUUGGAGUCAGAUGCAAUAGACGAUGCCCUUGCUCGGGUGGCGGAGGUGGUGAUUGUGCUUGUCCAAGAAACUAUGAUCCAGUUUGUGGAACUGACGGAAGAACUUACAAUAAUAGAUGUGAGGCCCGCUGCAGAAAUGUUGGAGUCAGAUGCAAUAGACGAUGCCCUUGCUCGGGUGGCGGAGGUGGUGACUGUGCUUGUCCAAGAAACUAUGAUCCAGUUUGUGGAACUGACGGAAGAACUUACAAUAACAGAUGUGAGGCCCGCUGCAGAAAUGUAAGAGUCAGAUGCAAUAGACAAUGUCCUUGCUCGGGUUCUGGUGGCGGCAAUUGUAAUUGUCAAAGAAACUAUGAUCCAGUUUGUGGAUCUGAUGGGAGAACGUACAAUAAUAGAUGUUUGGCACGCUGCAGUGGGAUCUAUCGCUAUAGACAAGGAGCAUGUAGAGAACACUGA